GCAUUCGGGUAAUUCUUAUAAUUAUCUCCACGCGAUGGUUCAAUAAUCGACUGUCGUAGAUCACAAUUCACACUUAAAAUAGUAUUAUUACUAAACGAAAAAUGAUCACAAAGAGAAAAACUGACCGACUUCCAGCGAUGAGUAGUGCUUCAAACGAUCCAAAGAUCCAGGAAAGAUGCCAAAGAACUAGAAUUUUUAAAACAAGAGAGUCGCUGUUGACCAUUAUACUCGAAGGUAGAAACGGCAAAGCGAUAUACAACGUAUUUCCGGGAAUAUUCUUGCUUGGCAUGCUUUAUUCUGCUUUAAAGGAUUACCAGCGCGAAGGAAGGCCUUACUUCGGUACCAGACUUUUACGGAGCUCUUUUGCUCAGUUUGAUGUGGCCGCGAUGAUUUGGAUCCCCAUGUUUGGGUCGUGUUUGCUUGUCUACUUUUUUUUUGCGCUUUGGAAGCAAGGCCGCCAGCAAACCAAAUGGAAAUGUCAAUGGGAUAAGCUGUUCGUUUCAGUUUUUGGGUUGUAUGUGCUGGUACUACCCCAUCUUGUUGCAUUUGUGACUGUCAGCAACAAUCUGGGCCCCGCCUCAUCCCUUGCAGUUAUGCUGGAAAUGGUAAGGUUAUUAAUGAAAUCCUACGCUUUUGUACGCAGCAAUACCAAGUCGUUGGAACACAAACAGGGUGGUCUUUGUCCUUCUUUUUCGCAUUACCUGUACUUCUUGUUCGCCCCUACGCUAAUUUACAGUGAUAAUUACCCAAGAACUAACAAGAUUCGAUGGAGUUGCAUUGCUAUAAGCUUUGCAGAAAUAACUGCAAUAAUUCUUCUGCAUAGCGUCCUUGUGGAAAACACCUACGUGUAUUACUUACAGAACUACGGAAAAAGAAGCUACAGCUUUCUGGAGAUCAUUACGUGUAUCGUGGAAUGCGCUUUUUCGGGCCAUGUUUCACUAAUAAUGAUAUUCUAUAGCUUUCACAGCUACUUUAACGCUACCGCUGAAUUGACCAGGUUUUCGGACCGACUUUUUUAUCUGGAUUGGUGGACAGCUGAAAACCUGGACGAAUUUCUGAGGGGAUGGAGUUACUUCGUGCACGAGUGGUUACACGUUUACAUUUACAGAGAUUGCCACGAAAUUUUGUUCCCAAGCAGAAAACUCCUAGCAAAGAUAGUUGUUCUUGUCCUAUCGGGAUACUUUCACGACCUCAUAUUGUGUGUAGCAAGCCGAACGUUUCUUCCAUUGACCAUCAUAGAGUUCGUUUCAUUUGUGUGGAUGCGCGUAUUUCUGACAAACAAGAUGAUACUAGGAUUAUUAGGCAUGGAAGUAAGCUGCGCGUUCACGAUUUUGAUGAUGGAGUAUUACGCCCGUUUAAACUGUCCAAUGCCAAAUGCUGGCGUUAUUCAAUACCUAAUGCCACGAUUUCUUUAUUGUUAACGUCCCAUUACAAAUUAGUCUGGACUCUCAAGACUGCGAGUUGUGAGAAUGUUCCUUGUCUACCUCGUAAACGUGUAAUCAAUAAAAGAAGAAAAUAUAUUCCAUCCACAACAA